UUCGCUUUCUUUCCAGUCACUUGCUAGAAACAUUUUGCACAAAGAACAAAGCGGUGACUUGAUUGUGUGCCUUGCGCUGCUGUGGUCUCAGAGGAGCUCUGUCAGUACAGCGCAGACAGACUGUCUGUACAUAUCAAAUCUCCCCCCACAGUCUCCACGAGUAGAUAGAUCGAGAGGUGGGCCUUCACGGGACUAAAGGGCAAGCCGCCGAGCUCUGGGUCAGUGUUCCUACUGCGCCGACGUAUACACACAUGCGGCCGUGAUCCGUAGCUUACACCUCACAGUUCACUCCCAGCGUCUUGACUAGAGAAAGAUGAGGAACGGUGUCGGAGCAGCCAUCAGCUGCCACUCGGGAGAGACUUACUGACGUAUCAUAUCUGGAGACGCUGCCCUUAACCCCUCGAGAUUAACCUCGGCUGGGCGGACUUCACGUAGCCGGCUUUAAAACGGUCAUCCAGUCUUGACACCAGUGGCCGCAAGGGACGUCGUGCGAUGUCCUGAAUUCAGCCGUAUGGACUAGCGUAGAUUUUUGUGCGCCGUCCUAGGACGAAUCAAAGAAGCACUACUCUAGAGGGCACUAUGUUGGCUGAACGGCAGGCCACUACAUUUGCUGAUCGCAUCCAAGUGGUCACGAUUUGGGGCAUACUGGUGAUGGCCUGUAGCAUGUUCAUGUGCCAUGGAUCAGCCUUGCCCCCUUUAGACUCCGCCUUCUCCCUCCCCACAGAGAAAUUCCGCUCUUUAAAGAACUGCACGGAUAAACACUGUCAAAUGAUUUAUCAGCUGAACUUUGACGAGAUCCGCCGAAUAGCCCUCAUCCGACUAGCGGUUCUAAAGAAGAUCCAUUCACGUCUACAUCCGAAGGAAACGCCGACAACAGUUCCACUGCCUAGCGGUGAACCCACGUCACCGCCGGAGACGUCGACAACUCCAAGUCCUCCGUGGCUCUUUGACGAUAUUGUGACAUUCGCUGAAAAGCCAGACCUUGUGAAUCCUCCCGACUACAACGUGGUCAAGUUUAAAGUAGGAAAUCAAAAGGCCAAAAGUCGCUUGGAAGCGAAACGGGCGGACCUGUGGAUUUGAUGCGGUUGAAGCGACCUUCGUCCAAAGGGAAACCAAGACCACGGUCGUUUCGAAGGAGGCGCGGCAAAAAGGUUCACCUCAAAAUCUCCACGGUCAAGGAACCAUUGUCGCGUAAGUCAC